AGACAAGAGGGAGAACAGCCAGAGCAUGGAGGCAGAGACCCAGACCAGCAGAUCCAGUGUUAAGGUAAAGGGGUGCGGACCACGAGCGCUGUUUCUCCCACUGAAGUCACACACUGCGGGGCAGCUCAUCCUGCUGGAGCUGUCAGCGUUUGUUUAAAACUCAUCAGCCCCACAAAACGGCUCUAGUGCUGUUCUGAGCUGUGCUGCGCUCUGCGGGCUGGGGAGCAGGCGCUGUGGGUGCCUCGCAGCCACCAGGCCUGGGGCUCACCUCGGUGCUGGGGUGGGCUGCUGGGCAGGGGGGGCUUCAAGUUGUGCACCAGGUGCUCUUUGUAGCAACAACUUGUUGACCUUGUCUGUUGCUGCAAAUAGGGUGUUUUUCUUCUUAAUUUUUUUUUUUUGCAUGCCUUUUAGUGUGUGUACUUUCCUGUAGAGAUGCAACAUCAGCCCCGUAAGAAAUCAGCAGGCACAUACUGAAAAAAAUUGCAUUUCAAUUUCAUGACUCUGUGUUAGAGUGUUCAUAGCGUGGUGCUUGCUCGUCUGCCCCCAUUCCAUUGGUGCACCGUUGCUUUACGUGUUGUACUUCCAUUCCUAAUGUUGCUGGCUUUGAAUAUUCCAUAUUUUCUCUUCCUGGGGGGAGCUGUCUCUAUUUCUCAAAAGUAAGUUAUUGCAAAUGUCAAAGGAAAGUGUAGCACCCCAGGGAUGUUGUAUAACAUGGCUGAUCUGCCCUGGGCUGCUGUGAUAAGCACUGAGAUACGCACGCUGUAAAUAGGAGAUAGGGGCUGGAGGUGCAGCAGGAGCUCACACAAUGUCAAGUGCUUUGCACACACAGACCAAUGAUUUGUAGCUUUCUCGGGAAUUUUACGUGCUCAGGAGGAGUAUUGACCCGAAACAAUUUUCCUCUCUGCUGUGGGUGAUUUUCUUCAAUCGUUUUCCUCCGGAUUUACUAAGUUCAGUUCACAGAAGUUUUAAAAAGGGCUGCGGGAAAUGGGAAGGCAUUGUGUGAAGUGAAUUAAAGGAGGGAUUAAUGGUACCUCAGCCAGAACACGGAGGUCGGCCGUGUCAGAGGAACCUCAGAUCUUGUGUAGCGCCGUGCAGGAGGCAGAGCGGUCCGGCUCUGCUCACACGCGGUAGUCGUGCUUACACGGCACACAGCGCCGUAGCUCUCCUCAGAACCCUGACCAUUGCUUUGCCAGCUUUAUUUUUAAUCAUGAUUAUAACUGCACGUUGCAGAAAUUGAGCAACAAAAGUAUUCUUAACCUUUAUAUUGUGUGAAUUUGUCUUUGUGCUCGCUGGGUGGGGGGGAAUGAACAACUCCACAAUCUCCUUCUGGAAGCCUGCGCAUGGGAAGUGGUCUUAAUUGUGUUAGGGUUUUGUUGUUUGAUUGCAGGCACUUUGUAACUGCUCUUGUUACUUGGUUUAGAUAACCCAGCCAGGUGCUGUGUGUUUGACUGGGGCUCCUUGCACACUGUGAUCUCACAGGCAGCUAUUCUGAUUUUCAUCACUCAGUGGUUUUCUGCCCUUGUCAUCGCUCUGAGCACGUUGCUUGGGUUUUGGGAAGUGAGAAUGGAAUUCUGUUUGUGGUCAGUCGAGUACAAAAUCUGAUUGAAACAUCCUCUCUGCAUGGUUUUAAUGUGUAAAAUCCUUCUCUUCAGGGAUACAAGGCAGCACGGUGCUUCAUUCUCUGCUUUUAUCGUUAAGUGUGUAUAUCGUGAUUUACAUUUGUACUGUGUCAGAGUGUAACCGUGCUAUUGCAGAAGUCGUGCUGCAGAGAGCUACGUUUGACGGCAGCUUUCACAACACAGUGCUGUUGUUUGAAGCCAGGAGGGUCAUAGGGCAGCGCUGGGCACUUCUGGAGUUAAAGGAAUUUUUGGUUUGAGGAGGAACUGGGAGAGUUUGGGCGCUGCUGCACAGAGCACGCAGUGUGUUGUGGCACCUGGGGUACCCUCAUCCAAACAGCAGAUAAUGCAUUCCUUUUGUGCUUUGGGGGUGUAAUCAGCAUUUGUGUCAAUGGCCAGCAACCUGCCUGAAUGCUUUCUCCCGUUGUUUCGUGGCGCUGUAAUUGAUUUCUUUCUCGCUCUUGUGUUGUUAUGCUCAAAUUAAAGCCAAGGAAGUCCUGCAUGAGAGCUAAGAACAAAACUUGGUCUAUGUGUAAAUCUCAUGUUGUCACUUCAGCAGACAACAGCAUUAAUUUCAUUAAAAUAUGUGUAAUAGGUAACACAGUGACUUUUACUGCAUUGGUUUGGUAGCUGUAGUGCUUGUAUUUUCUAGUCAGACAGCGUCGAAAGAAGAAAUAACCCACACUGAUUGUAAAAUGGUCUUAUUUAUAUUGCUAAUUAGCCCCCGGACUUAUUCUGGCUUUAUGGUUAUGUCUUAUUAAAUCUUCGUGCUGUUCAGAUAGCGGCGGAUCGUUUCUCAGGGUGUGUAGUGUGAGCGUUGUGUGAUUUGCAUUGAUUUACAACCUGUAGCUAAAAAAUUGCCUGCUGUUUUCUAAUAAGCAGAAGCCUAAAUUUAUCCGUAGUAAACAUGCAGUAAACUCCUGAAUGCGCCAUGCACAGAGAUCAAUGCUGCAAUAGCUGCUCCCCGUAUAUAUGAAUGUGGCGAUAGUGUGUGAUAAAUGGAGAAGCCCUUAUAAUAAAAUGCUUGGUCCUGGUGCCUGCAUGUCCCUCUUUAAUUAGUAUUUUCAUAGGUGGCUUUCAUUUGAAAAUUUAUGAGCAGCUUGGAAGCAGCGCUGUAUCUGAAUGGUGAACCAGCCGUGAAACCCUUCCCCUCAAUGCACAGACUGCACAGCUUGAGCUCUGUACUUUUCCCAGUGGAAGAUGAGCAAGAUUUACACAGUAACAGCACUGUUGCAAAGGAGAGGUUUACUGAUAUUUAUUUAUUUUUUUCCAGCUCCAGGAGUCUGAAGAUUCUGGGUUCAAAAUUGUGACAGCCUUUUUGAUUGUAUCAUUAUGGUUUGCUUCUUCAGACUGCUGUGAAGCUGAGUUUGUAUUAAGGGUGCUUAGCUGUACACAAAUCUGCUUAAACACUUUACAAGUAAUAGCUCUGUUAACAUAUAGUACAGGUAAGGACUGGCACGGUGUAAGGACCUCAUGGGCAUGUGUUUAAAACUGGCUUGGGUGUCUGUAAGCCUGUGCUGUCCCAGCAACACGUGUCAGUGUCACUCUUCCAAACUGCAUGGAUGCACACUGCAGUGCAUGCGGCGCAUUUAUUUUGUCCCCCAUUCUUUUAUGUGUGUGAUUUCCUUCCUCUUCUCUUGUGUAACUCUCCCUGUCGUGUAUAUUUAACUCAGAAAUGCGUGUUUUUGAGUGCAAGGGGAUCAGAGAGUAAAUCCAUACUUCCUUUGUUGUAAAUUAACAGUUGCUGUAAGCCAGCAGGACGAGAUCUGCCAUAGCCUUUUGAUUGAUCAGCUGAUGUGGGGCACCCGGUUACACCCAUUGGUGCCACAGCACCAGGUUUUCUUCGUUCAGAAGCUGCAAAAUUGUCUGCGAGUUUUAUGGUCACUGCAAAGCCGUGGUUGCGUAAUUCUGCAUUCAGGAGGACGUAUGCUGACUUGUGCUUUCAAUGCUGAAAUGGAUCUCACUUUUAACAGCACACUAUUUAGUCUGUUAAGCCGUCUGUUCUUUUCCUGUCUGUCUGGCGAUUCCUUCCCCUUGCAGCAUAUCAGCUCUCCCUCCUUUGAAACUCCCACACGCUCCGUCCCUGCUUUCAGCGAGGCCAUCCGACCCUCCCGAUCCCUCCCUGUUCCCACUGAAGCUGUCCUCAACCAUUUCCCUGACAAACCUCCCAGCACCGUCUCCCUCCCACUUCCACUGACGUCAGCCCUCCCGUGCAGAGAUCCUUGCUGCGCCGCGAGGAUCCUUCCCACGCUGCCAUACACUGGCUGUGCUCAGCCCCACGGCUCCGGGCUCCCAGGCCGACGGUCACGGUGCUUUUAUUGCAAGGCAUGAACCCUCUUCUCCAGGGAAUGGGGAGGUCGAAUUUGUAAAUUAUAUGAAGCGAACUGAUGGAGCGACGUGAACUUUCCAUCUUCAUGCCCGGGUUAUUUUUUUAUCUUCACCUUUUAAUUUCCUGUUGUUUGUAAUGUCAACUGGAAAAGAACUGGAAAUCACUCGCAGCAUGUAUCUCAUGUCUCCGUAAAAGUAGCCAAAGAUAUGCUUUUGAUUUUUAAACCAUUAUUAUUAGUUCUCGCCUGGUCAUGCAAACCGUCAGCAAAAUGUGCCGCUGUAUCUGAGGGCACUUUCCGGUGUGACUGAGAUGAGCAAGGUUAGAGCCUGUGUUUUUGCAGUGCUUACUGCUGGUGGAGGCUCUGCUGAGUCUUCUUUCAGCUAUAAAUUCUUUCUAGUCACAGAGCACUGCCUUUUCUCUGCCCUUGGUACAUCCCUUGCCUGGCUUUGCCAGGUUUAACAGCUAUAAGUUGUCUGCCACCCAAAUGCAUUGGUAGAUUAAGUAUUAAAAACACAUCCUUAUUUCUGCUGUUCUAGAUAUUUGUCUUGCUGUCUUGCAUCUUUUGUAGAGCUGAUGUGAAAGCAAAGUUGAUCCACAGUGAGAAAUUUUCAUGUUGGAUGUACGUAGAAGAUGGGCAGAAGAAUGGGAGGUGGUGCAAUUAGCAGCAAUCCAUCCCUUCCCACAUUCCCAGUAUUGGAUAUUGGACGUGGUGUGAGAUGGCACUGCAAGGGACCAGCAUCACCUUACCGUUUAACGUGCCAGCCAGGCACCAUUCCACUUUUUGAGCACCCAGAACGCUGACUGACUUUCAGAUAAGUCCUCAAAGAGGAAAUACGUAUUUAGGGAUAAGGACAAUUAAAACUCUUAUUAGCUUGUGACAAAAAGAGUGAAAGAAAAGCAAAUCUGAUAAUGAGCAGCUUGCCCCCAGGGUGAAGCUGUUUCAAUGGAAGCUUUGCAUAAGUCAGGGUUUGUGUCAGGGGACCCUCCGUGCACCUGCACACCUAGGAGAACAAUCUUGCAUUGUGUUCUGGUUGGGUUGUAUGUAUGGAUACAAUGUGCCAUGUUGCAAGCAGCUUUAGCAGCCGUGUCUGGAGUUAAAUUGUUGUAGAGAUGUUUUCAAGACUGCGUGUAAAACAUGAUUUUACGUCCAAAGUGCAGUUUUUGGUGUGAAUGGCAUUCAGUGCUGUGUGUGUUGGGCUCAUUAAUUCACGGUGUUUCAGUCCGAACUUGCUGGGCCCUGUGACACUGUGCUCACUGCUGUCAGCCCGCUGGGUAAAAUAAUUAGGUAUCUUCAUUUAACCAUAAUUUAAAUUGGCAUGGGAUGACACGAUGCAAAUUGAAUAGCUUUAACGUGCAUGUCGUGCUAAAUAGUUUGAUUGCUCCAAGUCAGACUGUAAGCUUUCAAAGGCAUGGAGAAAGUGAUGUCACAGCCCCCAUUUGUCAAAGAUCUCGGCAUCCAGCCGCUUUUACCUUCCUUCUUAAAGUCUCUGUUAAGGUCAGAACGUAAUAAACAACAUUGACAUAGGCACUGUGAGACUAAAUAGCGCAGGCUUUAAUUUGUACGUUCUUCCAGGCCAUCCCCUUUUACUCUGGGCUGAGUUGUUGGCCUCAGAUCAAACUCCCAGGCCCUUUUCUCCUCUUCCUUGUAAAAUCUGUAAAUAUGUCACUGUACGUAAUGUAAAAAGCUUCACAUCCUAUGAAGCAGCGCCCACGUGUGUGGCUUUGUUUCAGUGGAAAGGAUGAGGGCUGAAACCUACUUUUCUGACAUGGAAAUGUGUUGAAAUGCAUUAUUGGUUUUACUUUUUUGGUCAGGAUAGUGAGGAACCCUUUUGCUGAGUAACGUCGAGCAGAUUUGAGUUGUCUGUUUCUGUAUUAGAAAUGAGGACUCCUUUUUCCAAAAGCAGAAUUAGUUUACACAGUGGAAGUUGCACAGAAAAUGUUGAAUGUUGUACAUACUUGGAAGGAUCAAACCUUUUUGAGCAAGAAGUGCUUUUCUCUAUGGAACAAACCCGUAUAGGUCCACAAACAGACUUCUGACUACAGCUUUGUGCAGGGAGAAAUGGUAGCUCGUUGUUAGAUCUCCUCAUUGUUAGAUCUCCCAGUUUCCUAAGUAAAUCCAUACAAAGAAAACACAGAAUCACUGGGCUAAUAUGAAAGAAUGACAUCCUCUGCUUCCCAUUGUUUUUAACUCUGAGUUAGCAGCGACCUUUAGCUUCCUACUGGGAUGCAGUGGAAACUUUGAGGCCCCACAUUACUUGCCACUAAAACACAAGUUACACAUUUACCAUGGUUUUUUGUCUUUAAGCUUGAGGUUCUGUUAUGUCUGAUACUGAGGCUAUUUGUCUGGCCAGUUUGUAAGUGAACCUUCUUUACACAGAUCAGGCUUAAAGAGGUGUGUGUAUGGUUUACUUAAAGCCCAGCAGAAGCCCUUUGAUCUGCACUGACCGUGAUCUUUCUGCAUUCUGUGAUUUGCUUCAUCACACAGUCACUGAGCCUCACUCGUGCUGAUAUCUCCGCUGCUUCACGUCUGACACUCACGUGUAGGACUCUGCCUUUGCAGCACUAGUUUUAAUCCCCAGCUUUGAAAUACGUACGUGUUGUGUGAUAGGUAGGUCGGUCAGGAUCUGUGUUCAGCCUAGGAGGCUGAGUUUGCAGCCGUGUAUUUCUUUUUCUUUGGAAUACUCCGUCUGCUGUUUCAGUUUUUAAGGCUUUUUUUAUUUAAUAAAAGUUUGGUGAGAAAUUCCUCAAAUGGUUGAGGACAACCACACCUAUUGCCUUGGUAAGUUGGAGCAGAAGUCACUUACCCUGUACGCUCCCGCAGAUUUGCUGGCUGAUAAAAUCACACUGUCCCACUAGCUCAGACUCAGUAAUAAAUGUCCCAGGGCCAGGAGGAGGAUCCAGGGGUCCAUAGGUAAAGAAGCUCUGCCAUGCCAAAUGUGGAUGGUACCGGGACUGCUGGUGAGAUAUCUGUGCUUUGUUUUUCAAAAUAAAGAGAAUUAUUAUUUUCACAUACCAAAGAGGUUUAUUGGUGGGUGAAAUUCGGACUGAAAUUACAGUCCUUCAGCCCCAUUAAGCUCUGUGGGCUCAAGAGGCGUACCUGCGGCAGGGCUUGGACAGCUCUGUUUACCUUCCACUGUUGUAGAAAAUAGCUCCCUGCUGGAUAUGAGAUUUGGAAAUAAAAAUAGUGGCAAUAACGCCUGCAUUAAGGGCAGAGUUGUUUUCUGUCGUUCCAGAAGGUAUGGCUCUGCUAAGCAAGUUCUUGGCUGUGCUGAAGCUAAUGGAAAAGUUACAGUUUUAGAACAACCAGAAUUUGGCCUCUGGUCCGUAAAUAAAACUUACCUGGAUUCUGAAGUGCAACCAGGGCAUGUGCCCUUAUGGUUGGGUACCAAGUUUUAUGAUUGCUUAAUCUGACACUAACGCAGAAAAGCUACCAAUAACAGAUACUAUUAACUGCUUAAUGAUGGGAGUAAUAGGAUAGAAACACAACAUUUUUUUUCACAGCUUCAUAUAGCAGUGAGUGCUGUUAUCAAGCAGUAGCGAUGUAAAGAAUAUAAAUUGCUGCAGUUCCAGGUCAUAAAGCAAGUCUGUGAGUCUAUUGCUGAUCUUGAGAGUGCUGGCUGUCAAAGUCAAAACGGAAUUUCUAGGUGUUCAGAACGAUUUAUUUUUCUGUAUGUUUGUAUCUGUGUCAUUAUCCAGUUCUGUCUGAAGUAUGCUGGGACGUGUUGGUUGCCGGGUGUUUUCUGGUUGCAGAUGAUUGCUCUGGGAACUCUGCUGCAGCCAAGGCUGGAGAUACGGAGCUGAAGGCAGAAGUAGGCUGCCGGCGGUUAUCGUGUGUCUCCGUGGACGAGUUGUUUUAUGUUUCUGCUUGCAUGCUUGAUCUUAAUUGUGUGUCACGCAGGAUCAAGGCCACCAUGUACCCAGGAACAGAGGAGCUGCUCUCAGAUCAAACCAUGUCCAUGUAACGCAGUGCUUUGCUCUGCCCACAGUCAGCAGAACGUGCUUUGGAGAAAGAUGCAAGAAUCUAUUUAAAGUUACAAAAAUGAGAAGAGUUUUUGAUGUUCCGCUUCUGAACUGAGCCUGGAUGUGCUGAUUUACUUCUCCUUUCUAACAAUUCUGCCAUGUACUAUGGUAUUUGUAUUUUAAUUUUAUCUCCUUAAGACUUUGUUGCUAACCUGAUAAAUGCAAUUAGAAAAUUGUACUUUUGAGUGGAACUUUUAAACGGUGGAAUGACUUCCAAAGCCCAUUCUGCCAUGGCAGCGCAUGCUUACCACUGACACACUGUCGGUGUGGAACAUCCGUGUAUUUGCAAAUCUGCAAAUACUGUUGCAGGGACCAAGAACAGAUGGAAGCUUUUAAAAGGAAGCAAGUGGGAUGAACUGUAACCAAAUACGAGUUUGCCUUUUGAAGAGAACCUGCAGGACAGAGAGGCAAGGUGCUUUUCAUGAAUAAAGCAGAGUCUCCUGCAGAUGGGAAAAAAAAAAAAUCUGGGGGUUGCAUUCAUAUUUUAGAGGGGUGAAACAUUUACAAACUCAGGCAAAGAGGGCUUUGCAAACUCAAACAGAUUUUGUUUUGUUAACAACUGUACUGAGAGGAAGAAUAAGUCCUGGGAACUCAGAAUCAAUGCUUCCAUUGAUUUCCCUGCAACUUUUAAUUUGUUUAUUCUUUGUUUUCUCUUUGCCUUUUGCUGUGGAAGUGAUCAGCUCUCUGCAGAAUUUCAGACAAAAGGGCUGUUCUGCAUAUGCUGUCGCUCAGCUGUGUUAUCAUAUGUCCUCAGUGCUGCAAAUGUUGGGUUUGUUCCUUGCUAUUUAAUGCCAUGCUGUGACGUCUGUCAUGACAGCAGUUGAGACAAGUUCAGUGGUAGUGCUGUCGGUUGCAGCCCCUCCUCCAAAGAGCAGCUUGAUAACCUUUACACAGUACCCUGCCUCUGACACUGGGGCUGGAUCGCAAGAACCAGCUUCUAGGCGAUCAGGAGGACUUAGGUUUUGUGAUCCUUGAUAAUGAUAAUAAAAACUCAUGAAAUUAACGCAGCUGCUCAGUGAGGAAGCUGAUCCAUCCCACUUACACUGGGCUUUGCUGGGAGGGGAAAAGACAGUGCUUGCUUCUGAAGGACAGGUUGUUGAAUCUGGGUAGGCAUUUUGGUUCCCAGGGCUAAAUAGUGAUGGAUCAGAUAAUCAUAUUUUACUGAAAAACAGAGUUUUGCUGUCAGUGUUUAUAUGUUGCAGUGUUGGAAUUUUUUAUUUUUUUUUAUUUUAAAUCAGUGCAAAACCUCAAAGUUAGGGUGGGAGAGGGACCAGGCUGUGCUGGUGGUUGAUGUAAGGAUCAGACAGCUCUUCUGAUCCCACACUUAGCCUGAGUCAGUGUGAGCAGUGAGGUUCAUAGCUGGGCUGUCAAAAGAGUGUGCUGAAAAUACUAUCUCUAUUUUGCCAAUUAAAAAGAAAGGAGCUUAUUACUGGAGAUUAAACAGCGCCGAAGUUUUCUCCUAACUUAAUCUUGGGUGUUCUGAUUCCUAAAGAGCUCUUAGAAGGCUCUCUUGUGCCCUUUGGGUAAUACAAACUCUCUUCUGGUAAGGCUGUAGGACUUAGGUUGCAAUGAGUCCAUGUGGUCUCUUGCCCUUUCUUCAUGGAUGACCUGCAAAGAAGUGCUAUCAUUCCUCUCAGGAAACUUGACACUUCUGGUCAGUGGCCCCUUGCAUUUUUUCCCAGCUGGCUGGCAUUCUAGCUGACUGAUCACAGAAGUACCCAGUUGCAUCCACUUGUUAGGAUUCCCCAUGCCAAUGCCAUUCCACUUCAGGAUAAACGUACCAAGGAGGUGCGUUCUGUUGAUGGUAUCUGAAAACAGAGCUGUGCUUCCCUGGCUGUGGACAAACACCUCGACUACUUUAGGUUCUUCCUUCUCUUUAGCUCUGUACCAAUAAGAGUAAAUAUGCAUGUGAGAUAUCACCUGGGGAUCUUUAAAUGCUUGACUACUGUUAGCUUUGUGCCAUUUUGUGAGGGUCACAAGGAGCUCUAAAGUAUCUCUGCCCUUUUUUUUCAACCCCCCUCCUUUUGCUGAGAGGUAGAUGUGGGUGAAGGGCUUGGCAUUUUUCAUCAGCUGAGAGGUCCCAGGCUAGCAGGUGGAAUCCCUAGGAGAUGCUUCUAGUGGAGGGAUCUCCACAGCUUGCUCUGAAAUAGUUUAGUGAUUUGAAUGUAAACCAACAGAACAAAUCAUAGAGGAAGAAAAGCAUGACAGAGGAUUGACAGGGUGAGAAAGGACUUAUGGCUGUCAGCACUGCACCUCUGCUGUUGCUGAGUGCUGCAAAAGGUCCUUUUAUCCUUCAGAGUCUGAAUCAUGUUUGGGAAACCUUGACCUCUGACAGAGGAAUAAGCUGAGGCCAGUGCUAAUGGUUUUUUUUAAACACAAGUUUUUAAACUCUGAUUAAUUGAUUGCUAUAACUCUGUUUGGUUACUACAGAUAUUUUUGUCCUAGAACAGAUGUCAGCAGACUGUCUGGAGGAUUAUGUGCGUACAAGAUGUUUGCCAAUUAGUUUGCAGUUGGUUUAAAUAGAAAGCAAAAGCCUAAAUUCAUAUAUCCUUAGGUCUUGUUUUUGAAACUAGUUUGGACAGAGCAUUUAGCAUGUGUAAACCUGGAUAAGGUGCAGGAAAGAUAGUGACACAUCCUUAAGUGCUUUGCUCAAAGCCAUGAACAACAGCAAGGAAGUAGUUUUAGGGCACACAGAACAGCCUGCCUUUCCUGAUGACCUCUGAGGUUUUCUGCCUUCAUCUGGAUAGGGCGAACCUCUGGGCCCGUGGCUGUCACAUCAGCACGCCCAUCUGCAGCAUGCAGUGCUGAGAGCUCAGAUCUUCACAGGGUUUCCUUAGGAGGAUCUUCUUCCUCUUUCCAAAUCAUACGUGUCUUUCUAAAGGUCAGACUAUCUUAAGAAUCCAUUGCAGACUGUUCUCAAGUGAUUAUGUAUCUUAAUUCUCUAAAAAUAGAAAAAAAAAAUGAUGUAGCUCCCAGACAUGCUGGGAUGACCGGGGGGCUUUCUUAAGAUGCUUUCUUAAAUAGCACUAUCUCUCAUCAUCUGAGCUUUUAAUUUCUCAGUUCAGAAGAGUAUGCAGCACUUUACAACAGCGCAUAGCUGGGCACUUUCAAAGCCUGCUUCUUCAGGCAAAAUAUAUGAAAGCUGACUGUUAACUAAACUUGGCUUAAUUAAGUUGACAAUUUCACAGCUCCUUUGAACAGCUCAUUAACUGCAGGCUACAGUGUCUUUGCAGCCAAAGCUCCACAAUACAUCAUACAGUGAACCUGCUGACAGAAGGGUACAACUUCCAACACAGGCUUCAAGGGAUCAGAUUUAUUACUGCAGUCCUGUUUCUUCUAAUACCAGUUAAGGCCUCCGUUAACAGAUGCUGUAAUAUAGUCCUAAUUUAGUUUCGAUGAUAGCUGAUAGAACACCUGCUGAAGGUAACGCAGACUAAGUUUACUGACUUCAGUUUAGCUCGUUGGGUCUCUUCAGCUUGGCCUUGGAGCAAGAGUUCAUACUGUUUCAAAGAAGUCUGCAAACCUCUGCUGCCCAUGAUCCUAUGCUGAAAGAUGCCAUUGUGUGUUGUGGAGCAAGUAUUUAGGGUUUGCCUCUUGUGUUAAUAUUGCAAUGGUCUUCCUGACACGGCUAGGGUAGAGCCCUACCAAAUUGCAGCAAUUCUGAUACUAAUGCACUGCAUGGUUUGAGCCACUUCAGAGUAUAAAUAAAAUGGUAUAACUUCUUCCACAAUAGAAGAUUUUCCAGUAUUUUUUGAUAUUCUUGACAUUUCUGAUUUAGGCAAAGUCUUCGUACAACUGAGGCUAGGGCUGAACAAGGAACAUUACCUAGCCUGGCAAUGUCUGUUGAAGGAGUUGGAUUUUUAGUAAUACCUUAUUUUGUCAAACCCUCUGUUACAGAUACACUGAUAUUGGCAGAAAAAAAAAAAAAAAAGGCCAUGCUAUUAAAUUCUAAUGUGGGUAUUUGCAAACCUUUGGUAAGAAAAGGCAUUUUUUGUCAGCAAAACUGUGUAUGCUAGACCAGGCAGCAGAACAAACACAACGGAUCAGUCCUUGAAUCAGGACAAAUAAGUGAUUGUUAAUGGCCUUUGUCCUCUGUAGCUGUUUUUGUGCCUUUUAGUGUAGGACAUUUUGCUCACUUACUGUAAGUAUGGGGCUCUUUAUUCUGCAACUUCAGGUUAUUAAGGAAAAGUUGAACUCUCAGUUAAUUAAUUGCAUUGUUUAGUAGCCAAUAGACUGUUAAUAAUUAUCUCAUGAAACUGUCCUAGAUUUGUGUUGAAGUAUGAGACAAAUGAUCAUUGUACAGAAGAUAGCAGCUUACCAGGUAUGACUUGAUGGCAAUUUGAUAGUAAUGAAAAAAGGCAACUUGCCAUAGGAAGGUGGUGAAGCCACAGCUGUUUUCAGCAGAAGAGCAAUUCUGCUGCUGUUUGACCAUGUUACUGUAGCAUCUGCAGCCAUCUGUAGUUCUUCUUUAACUCCUUCAGUUCUACAUAGCAGAGGUUCCUUCCUACAACCCCUUCUACAAGACUCAGUUUUUAAAAAUCAUUCUCCUUCCUUUGACUGUUCUGUUCUACCUUUGGCUGCCAUUUUUGUUUCCAUAAUUUCUGUUUUCACAAGCAGUGCACCGUGUCUCGCUGGCAAAAUCGACAUCAGCUCCUCUCUCUUAGCACAUUACUUUUUUUUAAGAGAAGAUACUUUAGCUGGGUUGAGGUCUUUAAGGAAGGUCUGGCUUCUUCCCAUCCACUGGCAUUAACGCUGUCCUAGAAAUGGUAUAGUCUCUUUUUUUUGGUUGUUGACGAAGAAGAAUAGCUGGUAAACAGAUCUCUCCCUGAAAGUCUUUAUUUUGUACACGCAGUAUACUGUUAAUCAUUUGCACCAAGGUCAAUAGCCCCUGAAAUGCUAUUAUUAUAAAUCAAUGUGAUAUUAGAGGAGUAUUUUCAUAGUUGUGUGCAUGAAAUCAAAAACUUCAGCUAAAAGGCAGUAAACUUAUUUCUGAUCUACUAUUUCUGAUAGUAGACAAAUGGUUUUCUUCAUCAGUUUUCAAAGUUGUGCUGCUUUUCUGUGCUUAAAAUACUUUCCUUGCUGACAUUUUAAAUUGUAGGUAUGUUUUUGUGUUGUUUAACCAAAAUAUUUACCAUGUUGUGGGAUAAAAUAGGUGAUUUUUUUUUUUUAUAGCACAAAGCAUAAAUAAUUAGCCGAUAUGUAAAUUACUUCAUUAUAGUUUGUGGGUAUGAAUUUUACUUAUUUGAUUAUGAAGAGAGACUGUCAUAAAUGACAUUGAGCCCGGACUCGUAGUUUUGUAUGAUUCAGCUGGCGCUGACACAUUUCGUAAUGCAGAUUAGACAGUUUCCCUCUAUUUUUGUAACCACAUCCGUUCAGAUAUUAGCUCAAAAAGGAGAAUAGUUACAGAAAUAGUUGUGAUCAAACUGAACUCUCUUCUGGAAUGGAAAAUGGUGAUUACAUGCUGGUGUCUGGGAGCUCUCUGUGGCCUAGUGAUGAUGGCUCACACCGUUUUCCAUGUCAGACUGUAGAUUGGAGAUAAUUACUGACAUUCCCUUCCCAGACGUUUCUUUCCUUGCUGGGAAAUUGUUUUUUUGCCUUUUUUUUUUUUUUUUUUUUUUUUGCUUUACUAGUGAUCUUGAAAGGCCUUCCCUAAGUAUUGAGCUCAGGCUAGUUUUGUGGAAGCUUUCUUUCUGGCAAGCACCAAGUGGAAGAACAAGUUACUUCUCCUCCAGACACUGCCUGUAACGACCAUCUUUACUAGUUGUUAUUUUUUUUUUUUUUCUCCAACAGCCAUAGUUAUGCUGUCUGUAAUGUAAUUAAGUGCUGUUUUAUAUCUUUCAAUAGCCUUCAUUGUUUCCUGUUUUCUCUUGCACUUGCCAAGCUGGUGGCCAUUCCAGAGGUGACUGGAAGUGCUCCAUGAGCGCCUUCUGGCUUACAGAGUGAUAUCCAAUAUCUCAUUCUGCAGUCUGUUUUUGGGCUGCCAACUGUUCCUCUUUGGUCUCCUGAGAAUGGUGUCAGUAGAGUGAGGGAGGCCUGGCUGUCAUCCUGAUUGCAUGAACAUGGGGAGGAAUUUCAUGUAAGUGGGACUAUGCAAGGAAAUAGAGUUGUGAGGCAAAGCCUCUUGCUUCUGUCUGUGUACCCCUGCAAAGCUCUACAAGAUGAUGCUUGAAGCUUGUAGAGUUAACUGGAAGGCUGUUGAUGCAGUCAUGUUUAUAGAAUCGCUUGAGUUGAAAGGGACCUUUAAAGGUAACCUCAUCCAGACCCCAUCCAGCCUGACCUCAAAUGUCUCCAAGGAUCCAUUGCCUCUCUGGGCUACCUGUUCCAGUGCUUCACUACCCUUAUAAAAAUAAAACAAAACUGCUUUGAUGAUGUUAUUGGAUGGUUUCGGCUCUUUCUUGUUUUUAUUUUUUGUUUUUUGUUUUCUUUUUCCUGUCAGAGAUGACCUCUGUGUGAUGACCUCCAGUUUUUGGUAGUGCCCAUGAUUAUUUUAGCAUACUGAUAACUUUUGGUGCCAUGUUAGAGCUCCACUGUGCAUGCAGUGUAGAGCACAGGUGAAUGAACCCUGCUGGCUUGGAAAAUGGAGCGCUGAACAAAAUGUUCUAGCCCAUUUGAAGUCAGCUAGAUGUCAGUGGCAGGAGUGGUCAUAAUUGUCAUUAAUAUGACAUGCAGCCAAGAACAGAAGUGACAGAAAAUAUUUAAUAAAAGGAAUUAAUUUAGGUGAUUUUGUAAUGUUGCCAUAACCAGCUCUGUGAAAUUAGGCUUAGCACAAAGCCCUGGGAGUAUGUAUUGGUACGGAAAUUUAUUUAGGCGGGAGAUAGGUUUGUGUAUUGUAGGGAAACUCUUCACUGAGUCAGCAGUCAUUUCUUUUACAAUUCAUAAUCAGCCACUUCAGUCCAUGGAAAAUAAUCCUAAAAUCUAAUCAUUGUGCCUAUUUUAUUCUUUGUUCUUUACAUUUUCUUUGCCUUUUUCAUAACAAGUUUCAAAAUGUCUCACCAAAAUGUCUAUAAACAGUAGGCUGUUACAUUUUCGAAGCUCAUGACAGCGUUGUUCCAUAGAUGUGCAUUUGCUGGCAUUUGUGGGGUAAACACCCUCCAAGCAGAAACUAAGCAAGCUCAGUCUCUGUGGUACACUAAGUCCUCAUGUGCCCUGGGAUCAAGAGUCUCUGGUCUGUUUUCAUGUCACUCACAUGAUGUUGUUUCGCACUUGGCGUACAGCAUUGGGUCAGCACUUCCUUGCUUUUUGAAAAUGCUUCUCUUUUUAGAAAAAAAAGCAUUUGCUUGAUGCUAACUGCCCUUUGCAAAAUAACAGCUUUUUAGGGCUAAUGACUGAGUAUUUCUAAACUUUCCAGCUCCUUUCCAGGCAAAGGCUAGCAGUGUAGAGUUAGGAAUUACUCAGCAGUAAAAAGAAACACAGCAACAGCAAAUAAAGCUCAGGAAAACAAAUAGUGUUUCUUGGGAAAGGGCUUCAUUAUUUUCGGAGAUGGAUUCCUCUUUAAAAAUCCAUUAGGCUGAUCACAGUGUGCCUUGGCAGAAAUGUUUGGGAUAUAGGAGGAUAUUUUACUCAGUGACUUGUGGGUUUGCAUUGCUCAGGCGAGAAGAUAAGAUGGUCAAAUAGAAAAAUGUUAACUUUGAAUGAUGUCUAAUGGUCAGUCAAGGCUAUUGUAUAACUUGUCUGCUUCAGGACAGAUAAGCAACUGCAGUGCAAGGACUACACACAUUUAUUAGUUUAAAAAUUCUCCCUUAGCUUUGUCUAAAUCGUAGGAGCUUUUUUUUCUAUGACUGAAACUGUGGUAACCUCUCCUCUCCUCGAGGUGUAAUCAGUGUGCUACUUGAGGGGGAAACAAAGAAAAAAUUAGGUAGGAAAUAUUUUUAUAUGAUCUGAAAACUGUUUCCAACUUCAAUACCUUGAGUUACCUAGGCAUCAGUAGAUCCUCUGACUCCGUCUCCCACAGUAUUCUCCUGGAGAGUCUGGCAGCCCGUGGCUUGGGCAGGUGUGAUCUUUGCUGGGUAAAGAACUGCCUAGAGGGUGAGGCCCAGAGAGUGGUGGUGAAUGGAGUUCUGGAGCACAAGUCAUAUGGAAAGUGGCUGAGGAAACCGGGACGGUUCAGUCUGGAGAAGAGGAGGCUCAGGGGUAACCUCAUCGCUCUCUAGAACUACCAGACAGGAGGGUGUGGUGAGGUGAGGGUUGGCCUUUUCUCCUGGGUAACAGCGACAGGUAAGAGGUAAUGGCCGUAAGUUGCACCAGGGGAGGUUCAGGUUGGAUAUUAGGGAUAUUUUCUUCUCAGAAAGAGUGAUAAUGCACUGGAACAGGCUGCCCAAGGGCAGUGGUGGAGUCACCAUUCCCUGGAGGUGUUCAAGAAAAAGGGUGGAUGUGGCCCUAAGGGAUGUGGUUAGUGGCCGUGGUGGCAAUGGGUUGGUGGUUGUAUGAGAUGAUCUUAAAGGUCUUUUCCAACCUAUGAUUCUAUGAUUUCUGGUAUCAUUGCUACUGUUCAGAAAUGUCUGGCUGUAUGUGUAAGUUUGGUGUGUUCUGUUCAGUUGAGUAAUUUCUGUUCUGUACGUGAGUUGUUGGGGAGGACAGAGAGGAGAGGGCUAUGCUGCACUGAAGAAAACUGGUGUAGGAAAGAAAACAAGUUGUGGAACUAAUAUAACUGUAGUGCCAUUGUAUUUGUGUUAGUGUGGAGUAGCAUGCAGCUUAUGAAGAUCUCUAUAAUUGUUUUUUAUAACCAGUCCAAAAAAAAGUGGAAGGAAUUAGCACUAACAAGAAACCUCCAUCUUGAAAUGUAGACUAGGAGAGAUAGGGAUCAUCUUUUCCUGUAUGUUUGUGAGGCUGCUGUACAGCUCAGUGCUUGUAUAACACAAGUAAAAACAAUAAUGGUGAUGCCAAGAAGUGAAUUCUCUGUUCAUUCACUCUCUACAGUGACGUGCUUCUCUUAAGACUUAACCUCAUUUAUGCAUGAGGAGAGAGCGAGAGUUGCAUGUUGAAUUAGAAAUAAUUUAAUUCAGAAAUAGAUGGUUUGUUCUUCUGCUGGCGUAGUCAGUGACAAUGCCAGUUUUUAGUGCUCCAGUUAUGUAUAUUAAAAGAGAAGUGGCACUAAACUUAUCAGACUGCAGUUAUCAACUGGAGGUUAAAGAAAAUAAAAUCCAUCAAUCUUACAAUAUCCAAAAGAGUAUAUUGCUCAUUUCUGUAUGUUUGCAUGGCUAUGCUUUUAUAAUCAAAUAUAAUUUUAAUCCCUAAUGUUUUAACGUUUAAAAAAAAGAGAGAGAUGAAAGAAUCAAGACAAUCUACGCUUGCUGUGUUGUUUUCUGCAUCUGAUUUUGCAACCGCAAUCUUCAGUAAAUGGCGUUGCUCUCCCUGUGGUUGCCUGACUGACGUCAGUGGUAGCACCGCAGGGGGGGGACAGCAGUGGAGCCCUCCCAUGGAAGGACACAUGAUGCUGAGGGCAGCUGGAGGCCUGCCAGGCAACUUUGCACUCUCUCAUAGAAAGUGAUUUUCUUAACCUGUUGCGUUAAGCCUGAGAGAAUUGAACAGGUCUACCAGAAUAAAGUAUAUCCUGAUAUUUGAAACCGAAACAUUUUUGGUGCUUGCUGAAUUGAGUUUCUCUUAGGAAGCGUGAUAUACUAAACCAGAACUAGAUUAAAUGCUCUGACUACUAUUCCUGCAAAACCAAAACCAGGGGGCAGUUAAUCCCAAUCCUAAACACCAGGCUUUGUAGUGCUGCUGUCUGAUGUUGGCUGCAGCAAUCCCUUGUGCUUCUCUGGAGCUCUGCUCGCCAGGGAGCAUGGGCUGGGAGUCCCAGCACAGCGGCUCCAGGGUGGCCUCAAUGCUUGAAGUGAUAGGUCUAGCAGUUAGGAAAUAAACAGUAGUUACGAAGCCAUUAAAGUCCUUGAAGUUUCUUUAGUAAGAUCUUGGACUGUAAGUGAAGUACAGGAAUUGCCUGAAAUAGGUCUUGAUAUUAAGAUAUCCAAAAGUAUGGUCUAAGCUGGAACUUGAGCUUCUUGGAACAAUUAUUUUCUUUCCUGCCUGAAAGGGCUAUUUCAUGGUGUGCUCUGAGAAGGCAGUCCCUGACAGCUGGCCGAGGUGCCAGCAGGCCUCCUGCAGGGGAGCACUGACCUCAGAACGGCCCAAUGCCCUGGGGAGAAAUGGUAUUUAUUUAGCUUUUACAUUAUUAAAUUGGGAUUAAGUUGGAUAUGUGAAAGACUGUCCUGUACUUCAUGCUCUCAGUUCAGACAUUAAGUAACUGUUUCCCAGGAUGUAGAAUGAAAUCCUAACACGGAUGAAAGCACCUUGUUCUUUUGUUUCCAGGGAAGCAAGAUCCAGGUGUGGAGAGUGGUGUUCUUGGGAACUGCUUUGUACAGCUUCAUCCUUCCUCAGCUGAACCAGUAAAGUAAUCUGAGGGUAACUAAAGGGCAGAGGUAGAGCAAUAAUACAUAGAGGAACAUGGCUCCCCAGGGAGGUGGUUGAGUCACCAUCCCUGGACGUGUUUAAAAUUCGUUUGGAUGUGGUGCUCAGGGACAUGAUUUAGUGGUGGGUUGUUAGAGUUAGGGUAGUUUGGUUAGCUUGCAGUUGGACUUGAUGAUCUUUAAGGUCUUUUCCAACCUGAGCAAUGCUGUGGUUCUAUGAAGUUACCAGACCAGCCCAGAUAAUGGAAUUUGGAGAGCUGUGAGGACACGGGGAUUUGUUGGUGCAACCUGCAGUGGGAAUAGAAGUGUGCCAUUUCCAGUACUUGAGGGAGGUAAGUUGGAGCUAGCUUUGAUAUUCACUGCCCUGAGUCCUGCUACGUAGAUCUCCUCACGAGAAGUUGAGGAGAUCACGCCUUGAAUGAGAUGUGGGCAGGAGCCCAGAGCCCUUUCUGUUCAGUGCAGCCUGGCCAAGGACUCCGUGACCAUGGCGUGGGAUUGCCCCUGGCAGCAUGGGCGGAGGCACGGCCCCUGCAGUUCCUGCCAGGAGCUCACUGAAUCCCAAUGGCUGGGGAGUACAGUGUGCUGGAAUCCUGUCAGCAGGCCUGUGAGAGUCUUUUCUAUGCUUCAUCUUCUGAAGAAGGGAAAAACUGUCUCAAUGUGCUGGGCAGUGGCAGUCUAGGGUGUCCCAGGGCAGGCUUAGGUUCUCCAGAAAGUUGCAUCUCUCUUCUUCCACAUCUCUUAUCUCUUUGAUUGCUGCCAUAUAAUUUUGACACACCUCAGUGCCUGCAGUGGUUUGUGCAAAUGGCGAACACAGGCUGGCAGAAAGCAAGGAGGGCGGGCGGCUGUCCCGCGGUGGAACUGUUUCCAGAAGUGACUCUGUAAAAAUGACAGCAGGAGGUUCUUACACUUGUUCUCUCAAUCACUUUCCGAUAAAACUUUGCUUGGUUUACAAGUCACAAGGUGAUUUUUCUAACAGCCAGUAUUUCAAACUCUCACAUUUGGGUUUGACAAUCAAGCUGUUUUCUGUCUGAAUCUUACUUCAUUGCCAGUAAUAAAAAUUCCAGCUCACUCAGCCAUGGUAGUAUUGGUUUUGCAGAGCUAACAGUAGUAAAAGCUUGUUUUUGUCAGCAAAGCUAUCAAGAUUAAGUCUCAAAGAAAUGUCACCAAGACAACGGAUGUAUAGGAAAGUGCUUUCUUUUGUUGGUGACUUACCUUGGACCAAACUCUACUGAAACGACUAAGGGCUUGUUUCACCGUCACCGGGCUUUGCUCAUUGCCUCGGCAAAGGAAAAAAGGUCUCAGUUCAGAAGUGUUGAAGCUUAUGCAACUUGCUCUGUCUUACUGACUACUGCAACAAAAUUAUUCCUUGUUGCAGGACACAUUUCCUCUCUUUCCUUGGUUUUAUUGCCAGUAUUUGAAUCUCGGAAAUUAAAUCAUAUGUUAUCAUCAAGCAGAAUUUUUUUUUCUCAUGGAAUUUUGAAAACUCUAAUUAAUUGCUGGUGGGAUCCAUUCCUCUUCUUUGUCCUCUGUUUACUGUUCUUUCCUUACUUCACUGGUGUCUUGCAAUGUCUGUUUUUAUUUAAUCCUUCAUAGAGUUGACAACUUCAUUUUGAAAGAGAAAAAAAUGAAACCUUAUAAGUAAAUGCCAAAUAGAUCUGCUUAAUUGUCAUCUGUUUACUCUGCAGUCUGUGGGCAGAACGAUCUGUCUUCCCAGCCUCCUGCUGAUCGUCAUUUUCUUGCUGUCACAAAGAUUAUCAACUUACAAAUGCUCCUGUGAAGUCGGAAUGUUAUUUCAAAAUCUUGUGCAUAUUAGUCCUAUUAGCAAGGAUCUGUUAUCUUCUUUCCUCUCACCCGUAGCUUUCAGAUGUGAGCAAGACAAGUAUUUUAUAGGACCAUAAAGUCAAAAUUCACAGUUUGAGGCAGUGUCUUUUGAAGAUAGAGAAAAAGCGUAUCAGUUGAGGAAAUGUUGCCACAAAAAAGGGAUGUGGUCCCCCUUUGAUACUGCCUCGAUGUUCUGUUCAGAGGAGCCGUGGCUAGGUUUUUCCAACUGCUGUCAGAGAUGUCUCUUGGCUGUUCAGUUGCAGCACUUGCUGUGGUGCUGCAGGAGGCAUGGAGUAUUGAGUAUGCCAGCCUAGGCAAGAGCAAAGCUUGUGCAGCCCGUCCUGUAUUCUGCAAGAUACAUUGACAACAUUGAAAUCUGUGGUAUCCUUAUUCAGAAAGUAAAGAACUUCUGAAAUGUAGCUCCCAUUUUGGUGGACCUGCUGCAUGGUCACUUGUAGCAGAGUCCCAUGAGUAUCUUAUGGAAAACGAGUAGGUGGUGUCUCGGUUUGCUUUUCCUGACUGAUUUGUUUUCCCUUUAACCAAAUGCAAAGGGACUUUUCUAACAACUAAAUCACAGAAUAUGCCGAGUUGGAAGGGACUCGCAAGGAUCAUAGAGUCCAACUCCUGGCUUCAUACAUGACCACCCAAAAUUCAAACCCUGUGUCUGAGAGCAUUGUCCAGAUGCUCCUUGAACUCUGCAGGCUUGAUGCCAUGCCCACUGCCCUGGGAAACCUGUUUCAGUACCUGAAUAUAGUGCUGCUAUAUUUAUGGUGGCUGCUGAUUUAUGCUGGGAACAAGAUUGUGUCUUGCUACAUAGAUGGCUGUGCAUUUUGCAGUCUCCUCAGAAAUCAGUGAAGGCUCCUUUGGUGGGGCAUGUUUUGUUGGCUGUCAGGUAUUUGUUGUGUGGAGUGCCUGAACUCUUCAGUCUCAAACCUCAUUAGAAGAUAGACACCCACGUCUUGUUUUGGAGUCAGUGCACUCAUUAAUUAGAAAUUCACGUGAGGGUUGAACUGCUCCCAGCGGGUUAUUUCUACUGUUGUUUUUCUUCUGCUCUUCCUUCUUCCCAAUACAUUCGUUCUGCUAAGAACCUGCGUCACCUCCUGCUGGAGUUUAUGUCCUACCUUCACAGACAGUGCUCGUUCCGCUUACUGCAAGAGGACCAUGUCUGGCGGGCAGCCCUGCUCGCAGUGAGGAGCCCCAUGCUGGGCCCGUGUUGGAGCUGCUUCCCAGCUGCCGGCCGCAGGGUCUGCCUGUCUCUCCCCAUUUGGGGCAGGAAGCAUCAUGCGGAGAUUAUUUUGCCUAUGAAGUUUGUACUGGGGAGGUUGUUAGUCCAUGCUGUUGAUUCUGAGCCCUGAGCAGAUCAAUAGCGAACACAGGAACAUAAACAAAACCAAAUUAGACACUGCCAGUUUGAGGUUUCCCCCUCUGUGGGGCCCUUGUGGUUCAUGGGCUCAAGCUGUGAAUCAAGGCGACUGUGUUGCCACAGUGAUCUCUUAACCAAUGGCAAGUGUUUAGUUCCUUGGGCUCAGCAUGGCGAUUUCAUUAAGUUCAGCACAGGAACGUGAUUUACUGCGAUCUUUUUGGCACCGCUCGUUUUUCUUGUGGAGUUAUCGACUCAAAGGGCUCCAGUGUCCAGGUUCUGUGGGACGUUUGGGUCUUUUUCUUUCUCUUCCUUGCACCAGAUGUGUUUGUGUGCCAGGUGUAAAGUUUUGGGGUGGCUAGUGUGAUUUUUCUCUUGAGAAGCUUAUACAAAGCAGAUUUUGCACUGAACAGUCUUCCUUUUAUAGCUUCUGUCGGUUCCACGCACAGCCCCUUUCAGUUUAUAUUUGCCCUGUCCCUCGCAGCAAAGAUUAUUUCUUUCUUCUGCCUUCUUUCCCUAAUCUGUUUGUUUAUUCCCAUAUAUUUCUGGCGUAGUUUAGCUAAAGCUGGGAGUUCAGUGCAACUUUGUGGCUUAGGCUGCUUUGUGCUUCUGUGCAAACUGUCCCUUCGGGACACUCAAUUUACUGAGACCCUUCCUUUGGAAAGUGGACAGACGCUAUUUGCAAGACUUUUGGAGCUGCAGGAGGGGACGCCUCUUACUCAUCUUCCUAAGUCAUUACAGAAGACUACUCCUGCUGAGGAUCUGCAGGCUCCAAUAAAUUACCGUGGUGAAAAAAAUCGUAUUUUGAUAUGCAUAGUGAUGUGCAUCUCUUCUGAUCAAGGUCCUGGUUGUUUUGUUUUGUUUUCUUACAGAGUUAAAACAUGAAUAUCCUAUGUAGAUUUUGGAGAUAACAUUUUCUGGGUAGAACAUCAGCAGAGUGCCACUUCUGAUGAUCCAUACUGGUGUACAAAUACUCUUGGCUCUUCCUUCUGAUGCAGUGCUAAUCUUUCAGCUGCCACAUCUGUGCUUUCAGUAUUAUUCAAACAUAGAGAGGUUAAUAAAAAUGGACAACAGAGAUACAUCUUCAGUUUUUUACUAUGCAUUUUUAGGUAGCUCUAGGCAUAUACUGCUAAUGAGUUGUGGUAGGAUUUCAACUGUUCUGUCAGCUAGGGCCAUUGGCAGCUGAGAGGACGAAGGCUGCCAGCCACCUACUGCUUUAGCUGCCAUGGAGAGCAGUUCCUGGGCCAAAUGAUGGUAGGUUCGAGGUAUUAGAAGACGACGAGUUUGUUAAAUUAAGCUUCUGUAGUGUUUCUAGUCAGGGAUGUGAAUGUGGCUCUUGAGCCAUUUGGGAAAAAGAAAAGGAAAGAGAAGGAAUAGUUAGUAGUAAAAUAAAUAAAGAAAUGAAGUCCAAGCAAUUUGGACAUGAAAAGCUGUUUUCUGGCCCUUGCAACCUGGGUAAACUUUUGUGGGUUGAGCGUUCUUGUUUGUGCACGAGGCUGAUUAGCAUGAGCCCUCUACCCAAGAUUGUUGGGCUUUGUCAAUCACAUGUGGAUCUAACAAAAAAAUGGCAUUCUGCAGCCAAAUCCAGUUUCUGAUGACUCAGUUGGUAGGAUGUGCAGCCAAGAUAUGUGCCCUUCAGUGACAUGAAAACCACAGUCGCUUGUGGAAUAUAGGGCUCUUUUCCUUUCCAUUAAGCAAGUGGAGCGAAAGAGUUUGCAAAUAUGGCAUAUUUUCUACAUAAUAAACUUGAGUUUUAGGGCACGCCAUGAAAAAAAGAUCACUUUAAAGAAAUGUCACUUAGAAAAAUAAAGCAAUUUUUUUAAGUGCAUCAAGUUGGGUCAAGUUCUUAAAUACACAAAGAAGAGAUGCAAAGCGCCAGUGUGUUUGGUUUAGUAAGAAGCUGGCUUAGGAAAAAAGUUAACUUGUAGGAAAAAAGAUUAUGCAAGGCUGUGAAAUCUGUUUGUUCUGUCUUAAAGUCGUUCAAACCUUGCUCUUAACAUAAACCAAAUUUUGUGUUGAAAUUAUUAUACUCAGAAUAAGAAAUGGUAAGCUGAUAUUUUUUCUAACUGAGCAGAAUAUAAUUUGAUUUUAUACCAGGUCUGAGAUUUAAAGCAAAAUGGUUUUAAAAGGAUGUAUAUCUCCUAUGUCUAAAUAUUUUUUCCACUAUCAUUUGAUACUAGAAAGGUUUAAAUAAAAAAAUAGUCCCUGGAUUAUCUCCUCCUCCACGUAACCUUUAGAAAAGCAACAACAUGAAUGGGCUGGGAAGGAGGAGCAGCCCAAAGUGGCACAACCAGGAGAGAACGUGUUAGGAAGGGAGCUGAGCAUGCCCUGGGUCUGCACGUGUUACCAUGCAGGUGCUGAAUUGCACGUUGGCUGCAGAGAACUCCAAUUUAUCCUGUAGAAGUGUGCCAUUAGACUUGUGAGGACCGUCUGAUGCAACGUGAAAUAAUUGAUGCUCAGACUUUUCACUCAAAAUCAGUAGAUGCUUGGACAGGGAUGCCAGGAGUGAGCCUACUUGGAUGUGUUGUCUUCUUUAGCAGACAGACAUUCAGUCAUUGGUUGGAGGUGCUCUGCGCUGCAAGGGAAAAGCUCAGCAGUUGAUAAAGUCGGGCUGCAGUUGUAAUGAAGCUACUUUUUAUAUUUUUAGAUUAAAAAAAAAAAGUUUUUCCUGAGAAAUAGCAUCUGUCUCUGCUGAUAAGGAGUAGCAUAAUUUUAAUCCAUGGUAAUUUUAAUCCAUACAUCAACAAUUAUAUUUAGAGAUGGAAAAAGUUAAGUUUCUGGGAGGAGCACAAAGGUACCAAACUUUUGGCAUCUCAGUAGAACCCUGAGACAGCUUGAGUCUUUUCUUUUUGUCCGUGUUAGAGGUAUAUUCUUGAACCCCGUGUUAUUUUCCUUUAGGGGAGAAAAAAAAAGGAGGAAUGCUUCUUUAAGGACUGUGAAAUCAGAAACAGAAGCUCAGGCUACCUGGCUGAGUAGAACAUUUCUGAAGCUUUUUUUUGUGUGUGUUUCUGUCGUUUUCCCCCAUCUCCUGUUGCAUGUUUUCUGUUGUAUAAUUGUACAUAUUUCUACUCAAAGCCAGACAGCUUCUUAGCAAAAAUUGGACCGACUGAACGUCUUCGUUUCUUAAAACAGUCCAUUCUGGCAUAACUUUUUUUCUUACUUGUCUUCUGAGCUGUCAGCAAGGGAGAUUUAAGAACUUUCAGCGGAGGUUUAAAUGUCUGGCUUUCUGAAAACACUGCAGCUCUCCAGUUGUGUAUGUAAUUUAGGACUUGCUGGUGCUCCGUAACAAAAUCUGAGACUAUUUAUUUCCCUCUUUCUAAUAUUAACAGAACAUUUUUGAGCACGGAACUGCAACAUCUUUAUAUACAAAGCUCUGUAAUUUAUAGCAGUUUGUGGAGCUCGUUAGCUACCUCACAAGUCUUGUGGAGACAACCAAAUUUUUAAUAGCAACGCUCUUUACAGCAUCAAUUUUUAAAUUAACUUUGACCUUCUGAAGUUUUUAACUAUGCUGUUUAUUUUAGAGCCUUCAGGGCUCUCUGCUAAGACACCAUUAAAAUAAUAAUUCCGAUGGCUUGGGUAUCUGGAUAAGGGUUCUGACUUAAUAAAAAAAAGAUCCUGACUUUUCAAACAAGGGAUGUUACCUCAUCUUUCCCAUAUGGACGUUUUGAAAAUGAAAAAUCAUUUGUUAAAUGGUAAUUCUUCAAAUUCGGGGAGCAGCAAAGCUGUGAAUUUGCAAAACCAGCUGAAGUGAAAUGAAUCCUGGCACUCUUUGCCAUUGCAUUAGCUAAUAGUGCCUGCAUCGCUGUCCAGAACUUCGCUUUCGAAGUCUUAAAUACAGGCAGUAAUAAAGGAGUUACAUAACGUGCUGUUAGUCAAAAGGAGCAAAGGGGAAUAUCCAGAAAAUACUGCCUGUAGGAAAUGAGUUAGUGAGUGAGCUUUAUUUCCUAACCUAUGAUUUCUGAUAUUUUUUUGUGAUACUGGAAUAUUCUGCUCUGUUAUAGGACUGUGAUAUGGGUAAUUAAUUUUGUCGUCAUAUGCCUAUAUUCUUUUCAAACUAAAACAACCAAAUGAUGAUAUGCUUGCUUUUAUUCAUGCAGUCUUUACUCACAGUACCUACUGCUUGGCUUGUGGCUUUCAGUGAGCAAAGUCUCCUUAGUGCCACAUGUCCAUGGGAAGGACGCUGAGGCAAUGCAAGGAGUGAUGGGGCAGCAGCCAGUAUCUUCCUGGUAGUGCUCUUGUGCAGCUCAUCUAAGCUUUCCUGUCCUAUGUAAAGAUCGGGGAGAAUUUGCAGUGCUGCAACCAGUAGAGUUCAACUGACAUGGCUUCAAAUUAACCCAGGCCAAAGCAGACGUAAUUUUGUAGGAAUUUAUUUGAUGGUGGGGUUUGUAGAGUCUCUUGCUGUAAAUGUUUCCUGACACAGUAGGCUAGCAAGCCGUCUUACUUCUUUAUAUUGUUAUUCGGUCAGGCUUCGAGCAUUGACUUUAAUUUGCCAUUCAGGGCUCUGCCUCGGGGUAGCAUGUGUUAGUGCCUGGCUGCAUGUGAAAUCCCCAGCCCAGAGAGUUCUGCUGCUUACAGGAGCAGUUCCAUUAAAACAGACUUAUUUGGCCCACCUUGAGCUCUGGAACUGUUUCUUCUGAGAAUCUGUCACAGCUUGGGUCCAAGAACUUGACCAUUAUUUGCAGCUGGGGCCUGGGCUUGCCUGAAGAACCAAUGGGAGCCUCUGUGGAAGAAAAACUUGGAGGGAGGAUUUCUUCUUGAUGGGUAGCUGUUUUUACUAGUUUUGUUUGUUUGUUUUAAUUAUGAGACUGUAAAUAUUUUUCUAUCGUAUAAAUGAUGUUGACUUCAUAUGGGAACAAGCAGUGUUUACAAUGGGAGGAGAAAAUUAACAUUAGGUUGUUUAAUCAAGGGGGAAACUGCAGCAUGUUGUACGUUUCGGGAAGUAAGAUGCUUGCAGAAAAGGGAGAAAAUGCAAAAGAAUUAAAAAAAAAAAAUCACAUUUCUGUUCAGCUCCACCAAUGCUUGAGAAUGAUGUGCACAUUGUAAUUACAAGAGUGUGAUGCUACCUGAAAACAUAAUUUAUUACUUUUUAUGGCAGUCAAUAAAAACAUAAAGGCCAUUCUGUAUGUAAAUGUACAGAUACAGUGACUGUGCUGUUGCAAGUAUCAUACUUAAAAGUAAACUGAAAUGCUGGUAGACAGAAAGUUGUUUUUAAAGUUCAGUAAGUUCUGUUUUUCCAUUGUUUAGAAAUACCCAAAGGAAAUGGCUGCAUAUAAUGGAUUAACAGUUUAUACAUUUCCCUGUCCACAGCUGGAAAAAAAAAUAAAACAACUAUUGUCGUGUGGAAUCUGAGCACUCAGUAUCCAGCUAUAAACUGCACAGCCUUUAAUUUGCAGUAAUCGUCGUAUCUCCUCCAAGUAUUUCUAGCCUGUUCUCCUUUAUGGGACUGUGGAUUCCUCCUGUCAAACUGUAUUGCUAACUGGUAGCAAAUGGAACUGGAUUUAUUAAACUAACAGUUUAUUAAGAUGUCAUUAAACUAUUACAGUCAGAUGCCAGAUAGGGAGCAGUUAGAAUUGUCUUAAUAUGUUUGCUGGAGCUGCAGGCUAUUCUCAGCUUGGGAACUCAUUUUCAUACAUUCUGUAUUUUGAACACCAUCUGCCUUUCAGCCCCCCCAUCCCUUUCCCCCAGACCAAAAUCUCACCAACCAAAGCACCCCGGAAGGCAGCCUACCCUUUGGCUUGUUUGCUUCUUGCCAGGAGCACAGCAAAUCAGAAGACUAUCUAUAUGGUCAAAAUCGAAAGGUUAUUAUUAUUAUUAUUAUUAUUGACUUUUAAAAAAUUGAGCUUGGAGAGAGAAGAGCCUGAUUAGCAUUUCAGACUUCAUUUGGCUCCAGCGAUUUGGGCGUGCUCCCAUUGCCCUAAUUAGAAGCAGCCCUGGGCGCUGGCUGCCGGGAGCAGGGAGCGAUGGCCCAGCUCCUGCCUUCGUUGGGGCAGAGCCCGCUGCAGCCCGCGGUGCUCGCUGGCAAAGCAAGCCUGGUGGUGCUGUCUGCUGGAGACCAUGUUGGAUUUAUAUAAUGCAAUAAUUGUGGAGCGAAUACGGCUCGUUCCCUUUUUGCUCCUUGUUUUGAAUGCCUCUCUUCAGAGUGUUUGAGCGUCUUAUGGAGACCUUUUGGUUGGCUGGCAAAGGCAGGACAGCAUCCCUUUCUAUAAAUGGAAUAAUAAUCGCACUGUGCUCUGGCCAGCAGUGACCAACAUCUGGGUCCUGGUUAUCGGUUAUCUUCUGAUCCUAAAUACGUGAAACGUCUUUCUUGUCAGUUGCUCUUUGCCAGGGCCCGAGGCAUAGUCAGGAGGUAGAGCUGUUGGCUGUAUGCUCCUUGUUGGGAAAAUAGGGAGAGAUACAGCAGCACAAAGCGAGAGCAGAUGCGGAUGGUGUUCUGACCGCACAAAUAGGCUCUUCAAGAACCAGGAAUUUGCCUCUUGCUCAACAGUAGCAUUCUUACCCUUGGAUGUUUUGGAAUAAAUAGAAAAUAAAGAAAAUGUGUGAGCGUAUUUUAGAUGUUAAAAAGAAAUGCAUUGCUUGUCAGCAAAAGGCACAGCAGGAUGGUGAUAGUAGGUGAGAUCAUGCAGGAGGGGAGCGUACAGGUUUUGCUCUCUGCCCCAGGGCUGAGAAGGGCUUUGCCUCUGUGCCCCCAUGGGAGAGGAUGCUGGGGAGGACUUCUGUGUCUCUGUAAACAGGAUGACGGAUUCUGAGAAAGGUGUAACAGCGACUUGAGUGCAACCCAUGUUUUAUACUGAAAAUCAAUCCUCGUCUGAAGAGUCAAAGCGAUAAAAGCAGUAGUUGGGUAACCCAGCCCUGAUUCAUGGGGGAUUUGAAUCCUCGUAAAAAUCAACUUCUAAUUAGUUUAAGAAUUUGGGUUGGAAGAUGAUCUGAUUGCACUCCCCUCUUGGAAUUUGCAACUUUGUAUUUUGGGGCUUCCUCUCCCAGUAGCCGGAGUUGGGUGUUUUUCAGCAGCCAAGUGGUGUUUUCCUUACCAGCUGUGUAUCAGUGCAACUAAAUUGCUCUCCAGCCAUUGCCAGUCACAUACCAGCUCUUUAAAGAAGAAUGCUGAUUUAGUGCAGCCUAAUUUAAUGGGGAAGGAUGGAAUACUUUUACAUAGAGUCUGAUUGGUAGCACUUAAAAAAGAGAAAGAAGAACGUUUGAAGGGCCUGGCUCUUCUAUAUAUGACUGUUACCUUCUUAAUCUCGAGGGAGGGAGAGGCUGGAAAAGCAGAGUUGACUUCUGCAGUUAUGAUAAACAGAUAUUUAUCAAGUAUAUUCUGCCUACAUGCUAGGCUGUGGGAGCCCUCGGCAUUGCAUUUCAGGUAAAUAGAGCUCUUACUUAGGGCUCUAUCCCACAGAAUAUAUUUGAGGUUUUUUCAGUCUAUGCAACCCUAAAAGAUGCAGACUUCAGCUUGCAGGAGGCUGACCGGUGUGAGGGGAAGCUGCGGAAGUCUGAAGUCAUCAUUUCAAGUGCCAUCAGCUCAGGUCUGGGAUGGCACUCUUAGAGCCCCCGCAGCACCAUCACCUCUUCCCCCUGGAAGGUGCUCACAUCUCCCAGCGCUCUGAGUAGGCUGAGUUCUAAAAGGUGGAAAGGAAAACGAAUACAGGAAAGUAAGCGUGGAAAAAAUGGAGGCCAGAACUGAUCAGAAAUUCUAAAGAAAGCGUAUAUAGAAAGGAGGAAGAAAACUGAGCGUGUCAAACGUGUAUGUAUGGCUAACAUGAAAAAUAAUGAGCCAAGGAUUUGGCAGCUGCUAAAAAAAAAAAAAAAAAAAAAAAAAAGGAACAUUUCUGUCCUUGCUUUGGUUGAGGAAAGACCCCAAACUCUCAGUCUUUAAGGCUGCAGAGCACAUACGCUGUUUCUGAGUAUUUGCCACGCAUCGCUUUUUCUUCCUCUUGUGGACUGGCAGCUAUGGAGAUCCAUUUCAAAACAGAUCAAAACUUUAGGCAGUGUGGCUGCUUUCUAUUUUAGCGCUAAAUCUACGAAAAGCACGGGAAAAACAGUGGAAAAAAUUCUUCAAUUCAGAGAUAACGAAGUGUUCUGUUUGAAACAUGGAACCAAUGUUAGAGGCUGAAGAGAUGAGUUAUCCGCUGAGAAAAGUUCUGUUUCAAGGAAGUUCAGCUAUGCUUUGGUAGUGGUGAGAAGUCCUGAGAGGUGGCUGGACUGAAGCAGGUUUGGUGUGCUCCUGGAUCUGUGUUAUUACUAGAAAUGCAGCAGCACUGCAGAAACCUGAUAGCUGAGAGAUUUAAUGGGAACAAUCUUUGGAAGAAUUAUAGCCACGAAGAUAUGUCAUUCUCUAGAGUGUCACCAAGAACUUGUCCCAAAUAAAGCCUCCUGCUCUUUAUCAUGCUGAUCGAUGCUGAGUUAUUUCCAUUUCAAAUAAACGAGUAGCCCGAGGACAGCUUGAGAACAGGAUUUUGCAAGGACUGGUCUGUGAAGUGCUUUGUCAGGUGGUGCUUUUUGUGCUUACAGAUACGCAUUUGUGUUGAUGGGCGGCAUGGCGAGGCUUUCAUUUGCUCUUGAUUUAUGUAUUCUUUCCAAAUAAUUCAGGAUUCCAUUAUUACGGUUGCUGCGAAGGUAGUGCUGUUAGAAUGAGAAGAAAGGUGAGAUUUUGGUCAAGGAGGAUUAUACAGCAGUGCCUUUGGCUGAGUGAUUUUCCUAACUAAGGAUCAGAUUGUGAGCUCCUCAGGCUAAAGACUUUCCUCGGUGUUUGUACUGUGCCUUGCAGAAUGAGCUCUGGUGUGUGGUUGGAGUCCUUAGGCUCCAGCACAGCACAGCAAUGAAUAAAAGGUAAGUAAGGGGCAGCUGGACUGUUUGGCUGCCCUGGGAAAUCUUAACUCCUCUUUUAUAGACAUAUGUGCUGGAAUUGCUUUGGCAUCAGCCUCAAAAUGAAGUACUCCCCUUUGCCUGAAGGAGUUCUGCUUCAGUUACUCUCAGAAUGUAACCUAGGGCUGAGAUCCUUCCUAGGCUGCAUACAAGUCUGUGUAAAAGCUGGCUUUGGAGGUUAACAGUGUUACAGUUACUGCUUAAUGUGUUGGAAAUCCAAGUGUAAAUUUAUGAAUCAGUGCAAAAUGUUUUCCGUACCUUGCUGUGCUUGCUGUUAUUUUUUUUCUGGUAUCUCUAGUAUUGACAGCACAUGAUUAGUUUUAAUUUCAUGCAAUUAGAAGACAUGAUGAACUGAGACCCAAAGCUACUUGCCUUUGCUUUCUACCAUAAAUGGUAAGAUGGAAAAUAAGACUUGAUCUUGGUUAGCCUUGAAAACAAGAUAAAAAAUAGAUGAUACAACAGUAGGAAUUUAAAAUGCAGUUUUUACAUGACCAACCUCCAACAAAUUGGAGGACACUGAUGAGUUUAAUGCUGCUGUAGCUGUGACUUGCUAGCAAAAGCGCCCUGACCCAUGUGGGACUUGCUUUCUACCUGUGCACUCGUUUUGUAUUUGAAAGCUCCUUUAGCAGUUCUCUCUCAACCAUUGCUCGAUCCACAGCCUGUUCAGAUGAAUGAAUCCAUUCAGUGAGUGCAGGAAGUAUAUUGUUAAAUACUGCUCUGGAGUAACUGAGACUGGGCUGACUCUGAGCUGCCUGUCUCUUUUUGCCACAGACUCUACAUACUAAAGUUAGAUAGAUUUGUUUGUUUGUUUUAAAUCAAAAUAUAGCUCUGCUUUCUUCCAGUAUGGGACACCUGGCUAAAACGUAAGAAAAGUAAUCUUUCAGCCCUUGCUGAAGGUAGCUUUCAGCGUGUCUUUCAACAGGAGUCUUUAGGUUGAGGGAGGCAGAACAUUUGUCAGGAUGCUUAGGAAGUGUAGCAGCAGGAUGGAGUUCAACAGGCAGUCACAAGGCAGAAGAAUUUAUAUAUGAUGACUUCAUUUGUUCUGAGCGUUUGGAAGUGAAUCCUAAGGUCAAAUCUAUUUUGAGUCUGAGAAGCCUCUUCUUGUCAAGCGCCUUAUUUUGCUCACGGCUGACUGCUUUUUGGUGGGUGCUGUGUGUAGUUGCGUCUCCAGCCGCUCCCGAAGGGGUGCCCAGGAUCCAGCCGUGGUGACUGCCUUUCCUCAUUCCUUCUGUGCUUUGCAGUUCUGCCUGGUGUCUGGUCUGCUGUCCUUCCACACAGUGCCACCACGGCAGAGACACCAGUUACAGAUGUGCAGUUUGGCCCUAUGAGACUUCAUCAAGAUCAACUUCAGGUACUUCUAGUGUUUGCCAAAGAAGAUAACCAGAGCAAUGGGUUCUGCUGGGCCUGUGAGAAAGCUGGAUUUCGAUGUAAUAUUGCCAGGACUCCCGAGUCUGCACUGGAAUGUUUUCUUGAUAAACACCAUGAAAUUAUCAUCAUAGACCAUAGACAUUCCAGAUACUUUGAUGCGGAAGCAUUGUGCAGGUCUAUCAGAACAACAAAACCCUCAGAAAAUACAGUCAUUAUUGGUGUAGUACGAAGGCAUGCUGAUCGUGAAGAGUCAUCGAUAUUGCCCCUGAUCUCUGCUGGCUUCACAAGGAGAUAUGUAGAAAAUUCCAAUAUCAUGGCCUGUUACAAUGAGUUAAUUCAGCUGGAAUUUGGAGAGGUGCGGGCACAAUUCAAACUAAGGGCUUGUAAUUCAUUAUUCACAGCAUUAGAGAAAAGUCAAGAAGCCAUUGAGAUCACAAGUGAAGACCAUGUAAUACAGUACGUCAAUCCUGCAUUUGAAACAGUGAUGGGCUAUCAAAUAGGUGAAUUAAUAGGAAAGGAACUAACAGAAGUGCCUAUAAAUGAAAAAAAAGCUGAUUUCCUAGAUACUAUUAAUUCCUGCAUAAAGAUAGGAAAGGAAUGGCAAGGAAUGUACUCUGCGAAGAAGAAGAAUGGAGAUAGCAUACAACAAAAUGUGAAGAUAUUACCUGUUGUUGGACAGGGGGGAAAGAUUAGACACUAUGUGUCAAUUAGUAGACUGUGCAAUGACAACAAUAAGGCGGAGAAGACUUGUGAACGUGUUCAGGCUGAAUCUCAGACAGAUAUUCAGACUUCCAGACACAAAGACAGGAGGAAAGGAUCGCUAGAUGUCAGAUCCACAACAUCACGAGGGAGUGAUGGCAGCUCACAAAGGCGGCACUCUUCUAUGGCCAGGAUACAUUCCAUGACUAUUGAAGCACCAAUCACCAAGGUAAUAAACAUCAUCAAUGCUGCACAAGAAAGCAGUCCUAUGCCAGUUGCAGAAGCUUUAGACCGAGUUUUGGAGAUAUUAAGAACCACUGAACUGUACUCUCCACAACUGGGAACAAAGGAUGAGGAUCCACAUACAAGUGACCUCGUUGGAGGGCUGAUGACAGACGGUCUGCGAAGAUUAUCAGGGAACGAAUACAUAUUGUCAGCAAAACAAACUCAUCAGGUCGCUGGCAGCUUGAUCUCUCCCAUCUCCCUCAAUGACAUACCCCCACGGAUAGCACAGGCAAUGGAAAAUGAAGAACACUGGGAUUUUGAUAUCUUUGAACUUGAGGCUGCCACUCAUAAAAGGCCUCUGGUUUAUCUGGGUCUCAAAAUAUUUGCUCGCUUUGGAAUCUGUGAAUUCCUGAACUGCUCAGAAUCAACCCUGAGGUCGUGGUUACAAGUUAUUGAAGCUAACUACCAUUCCUCCAACUCCUAUCAUAAUUCCACCCAUUCGGCAGAUGUGCUACAUGCCACUGCUUAUUUCUUGUCUAAAGAAAGAGUCAAGCAAACUUUGGAUCCCAUUGAUGAAGUUGCCGCACUUAUUGCUGCCACAGUCCAUGAUGUGGAUCACCCAGGAAGAACAAAUUCUUUCCUGUGCAAUGCUGGGAGUGAGCUAGCAAUUCUCUACAAUGACACCGCAGUGCUGGAGAGCCAUCAUGCUGCCCUGGCUUUCCAGCUCACCACCCGGGAUGACAAAUGCAAUAUAUUUAAAAACAUGGAAAGGAAUGAGUAUCGAACCCUUCGCCAAGCCAUUAUUGACAUGGUCCUAGCAACAGAAAUGACAAAGCACUUUGAGCAUGUCAACAAGUUUGUCAACAGCAUUAAUAAACCCUUGGCAGCGCUAGAAGAAAAUGGGAAUAAUGGUGAUGGGGAUUCAAUCAAAAAUGUUCUCACGUCUCCUGAAAACCGCAUCCUCAUCAAACGCAUGUUGAUAAAGUGUGCAGACAUUUCCAACCCGUGCAGACCUAUAGAGCAAUGUAUAGAGUGGGCUGGACGUAUCUCUGAGGAGUACUUUGCACAGACUGAUGAAGAAAAGAGGCAAGGUUUACCUGUUGUGAUGCCAGUUUUUGACAGAAAUACUUGCAGCAUCCCCAAGUCCCAAAUAUCAUUCAUCGAUUACUUCAUCACUGAUAUGUUUGAUGCUUGGGAUGCAUUUGCAGACCUGCCAAAUUUGAUGCAGCAUCUGGAUAAUAACUUUAAAUACUGGAAAGGACUAGAUGAAAGGAAGCUGCGGAGCCUCCGACCACCACCACCAGAAUAGCAAUUAGACUAUGGUGUGUAAUUUACUAACCAGAUGCAUAUUUAUUCAAGCUCACUUUUGUUCAUGUGAUUUGAGAUAUGUUUCGGUCUCUUCAGUAUUACAGUAAGGAUAGCCCAUGCGCUUGGGGAACUUUCAAAUUCAAGAGAACAUGAGGUCAGCAGCUGACUUCCACAAACUACCAUGUGUGGACUCCAACGAAAUAAGCCUGUCAAGUGGAAUUACACUGGAUUGCUGCAGUACUCGUACUGAAGAGGGUUUCUUAGUGAACAUGUUUUGCGCUAUCUUCUUACCAGUGUGCGAAGCUGGAAGACCUUGAAGAAUCCAUACGAAACUGGACAUUCACUAGAAGAUUUUGCUUAAUCCUCAACUCUGCAAGUGAAGAAGAAAUACCUAUUAAUAGUGACUCACAGCUCUUGUGAGAAAGCUACAUGCUUUUUAUAAGCACUUAGGACAGUUACAUAGAACAAUCAGACAUUUAAAUGCAACUCUCCAUGAAGGAAUUUUUGAUCUAUGAAAAAUAGAUGUACUCUAUUUUUUCACAUCACAGAAGGUGCAAUCAUUCACUUCUGAGCACUACUGAAAGUGAGUUCUCUUUAAGAAAUUUAGUAGCAUAUGUAAAAAAUAACACAAGAAUUUUUGAGGUUGAUCGUUAGCAUCUAUGAUUAAAAUGAUAUGUUUUAUUUAUUUUGUUAGAUGUUCAAUAUUUUCUAUGAAUUUAUAAAUACUUAAAAGCCAAAGCCAACUUUAGAUGCAUUACAAAUUUACAUGAUUCAUACUCAUUAAUAUACAUUUAAUUGAUGUACAGACCUUUUAUUUUCAUAAUGCAAAUACAAAAUACUAUACAAUGAUACAUUUUUAUUGCACUGUAAGGAUAGAUGUGUAUGUUUAAAUAUUGUCUGAUUUAUGUUAAUUAAAAUUAAGUUCUAUUGCAAAGGUCUCACUUGAGAAUAGUAGAAUAAACAAGAAAUGUAUACUGAGCACCAGAACCACAGUAGUUCUCCCAUAAACCAGUGACGACCACCUGAUCUUCCCUUGGCUACAAAAGAUAAUAAUAACGUGUUGGAACUUUUUGUUUUCUCCCUUGAAAUUUUAUGACUGAAUUCCCUGUCAAAGUCUGCCUUAUUUUAUAUAGUAUUUCUACAAAGCAUUCCACAGCAUAUAUGAAGAAGUGAUACUACACAUCUAAGAAAUUUCAACGUUUUAUAGCCUAUGUCUUUUCCUCUGCCAUGAAAGAAACAGAAAAUAAAGCCACCAACAAAAGCGUUUAAUUCAACAAGUUUGUAAAGGCUGUGUACCUUCACAAUUUGAAUAAAACCUUCAUAGCAAACACCAGAAAACAAUAAAAUGUAUAUUUUAAGGAGUGUCAAGGUCUGACCCACUUCAUUUGGAUUGUAUAUGUACUCCGUAGUUUGCAGGCUAAUGGAAACAUGGAAUUCCUUUGAAAAUAACUGCUGACUGGGGAGGGGAGAAGUUUGGACUGUUGUUAGGGUGCUGAGAGGUGGUAAUGUGGCUGGUGAGUCCCUCUGCGGCCUGCCCUUGGCAAGCCCAUCCAAGCCUCGUGUGCGCUGAGACAACACCCCGCAGCUGGAAGCCGCGCUGGGCUGUACUGCGCUGAAGGAAUCACUGACUACUGUCAAUUCAGAGGCAACGAACUGACAUUAGAGAAGAGGCAUUUUGAACCAUUCUUCAGGAAACACAAGCUGAGGAGGUGGUGGAUGAUGGAGCGGUUCAGGGACUGCAGCAGUUGGAGCUCUAAAGCAGGCUCCUCUGCCUACUUCAAGGAAAGGCUACUCAGGCUUCAUCAGGGGAAAGCUACAAAGCGGAUAGGAGAGGAACAGCAACUGCAUGUGGGUCCAGAGAAUGUCUACAGGAAAGAAAUACAUCCCGUUUGCUUUUCCAGUCUGGCACCCAGUGAUGGAGCUCUGCUUGGGACAGAAACCAUGGGUUUGCUGAUGUAGUGAUGGUUUUUCACUGUUGAAGGGAGAACACUGGAGAAAACUGGAAGAGUACGUCUAGAAUUAUUCCCCAUUUCAAGCAGGCCGGCAGUCUUCGACAGCAUCUACACUUUUCGUUUAUUCUUGCUUUAAUGCUAAUACAAGAGUAAAUUCCAGCAUAGCCGAGAUGAUGGGGAGUUCUCUUAUUCACCGCUGGGGUUUUAAUCUAACAGUGCAUUUUCAAAUGGAAUAAGGUUCAGCAAUUCAGCAUUAAAUGGGCCAUUCAGAGUUAUUAGCCUUUUUUCAUGCUGCAUGUUUUCAAUCUGCCGCUAAACCUGGGUAUCAGGUUCACUAGCUUUCAGGUGAGCCUGGAACUAUUCUGAUCUGGUAAAAAAGAAAAAAGUUUGUUGUUUAGCUAUGAGUAUCUUGGUCCCUUCAAGAGGCAGGUAUAAAAUUCCUGGUUAAUAACUACUUCCUCCAGUAGGAGAAACCAGACAGGUAUUGCACACAGCCACCUUGUCACAAGUCUGAAUCUGGCUUUCAUACUGCAGUUUUCCCAAUGACUAUAUAUAAGUAAAAAAACUCCCAAAAUUGAAUGAAUGUCAUAGUUUUUGUUGCAGUGCGUUUCUCAGUAGCCAUGUCUCAGUAGAGACAUCACUGAUAUGACAUUUAAGAAAAUGUGUCAUGAACACGAAGGUGUUGAAGCAGUGACAAAGCCAUUCCUACAUAAAAGAGGAGAAAGGAUAAUAACAUUAAAUAUCUACUAAACCCUCACAGGAUGCUCAGAAACAGCACAAGGAAAGUGUAGCCAGUUGUGUCCUUCUGUGAGACGAGGAGGGUUUGAGUCAUGACUGAGUGGAGCACUCUGAAGUGAAGUCUCGGAGCUAUUCGCAAGCUUCAAAAUAAAUCAUCUCCGUUGAUGUGUGACAUCAUGCCUCCAAGUCAGCAUCACAGGGGAAACUUCAGCGUACGCCGAUAUCUACAGCUCCCCUCCGCCCGAACGUCAUCAGCGCCCGGCCCGGCCCGGCCCCGCCCGCCAUCACGCAUGCGCCCCGGGCCGGGCAAUGACGCCACGCUCAUUUCGCGCCCGGAAGCGCCGUGGAGCCCUCAGGAAAUGGCGGCGCUGCAGGGCGGGCGCGUGGCGCGGUGUGUCAUGGCGGCGCGGCUCGCGAACAGCGCUGCUUGCUGCUGGAAAACGGCGGACGGAGGAGGGACGGCGGACGCGCAGGAGCGGCGCGGUACCCCGCUGGGCAGCUCCGCGAGGUCAGCCCUGCUCGGCUGGUGCGAUCCUGCGGGCGGCCGUGCCCGUCGGCGUCAUGCCCUCCAGUGGCGGCCGUGUGUGCCGGCGUGCUGAACCCAGGGCAGCGGGAGCAGUGCUCCGAAGCGUUUCGUGUCUCUGGGUGCAAAGGUAGUUCUGUUGCUGCCUUAGCAGUGUCAUAUGCCAUCCCUGGUGAUGACCACUGGGUCUGAUAAGCUGGCUGCUCCUGUGAUCUGCGGGUUUGUUGAGCCAGCAACAUAAUGGCAGAGCUGUUUGGUACCUUUAGAGUCUCAGUUGCACAGUGUGCAAGUACCUCAUAUCUGGCUCAGCAAAUCAGUCCUUGCAGCACACCUGUGAGAUAGUUGUGGAGUCCCAGGGACUGGGUUAAUGUAACAUCAGAGAUGAACAGCUCAUCCUGGAGCCGGAAUACAGGUCUUUCUCUAAUGGUGAAGAAGAACGUGGUGUUCAGUUGUGGCAGAUAAAGGUUAAACAUGCUCCGUGGUAUGGAAGCUGAACCUUGAAUCAAGGCAUGUGUUUUUAACUGAAGGGAGAAAAGGGUGUUAAAACAACCUAGCGGUGUGGUGCUGUCUUAGCACUUUGUUCACUGUACACUUUAGCUGCUGUUCUCUGGUACAGCCUUGCAGUAUGUUAGCAGAGCUCUCCUGGGCACCUUGUGCCCUGUGCAUUGACAGUGGUUGCAGGCUUAGUCACCUGUUUGUAGGAGACACGCGUUGUGCUCACUGCAAGACACUGAAAUUCUCUGACCUGCCUCAUAGGAGGUUUGACAAGAUAAUCAUAACAGCACUUUCUGUCUUGGAAGUCUGUGAAUUCCUGGUGGGCUAAGAAAUGAAGCUACACUGUUUUGCAAGCUGCAAGUCAGUAUGCAAGCGAAGAUGGUACUAAUCACUGCUGUAAGAGCAUAUUCCACUCCUGUUUGCAUGGUUUCUGCAAAGCCUCUUUUGGGGUAACACGUUUCUUCUCUUGAUUUCUCAGCCAUUUGGGGAAAAACAGACAAGCUUUUGGCACACAGUUCUACAUCAAGUCUCUGUAAGUUUUGCCAAGCUUUAUUUAUAAGGACUGUGUCUAUUGUAGAGACAACCUGUUCCUGACAAACCCCUAGAAUAGAAAAUUUGAACCAAUUAUUUUUGUAAUGAAUGUACAAUAAAUCUGUUGAAAAGCUA